CCGACCGGCUGUGCGAACUACUAGGUACUGCAACCCGACUAGUAUUAAUAACACUACUCGGUAUAAGUACCUUGAUCAAUGAUUUGUGAUAGACUAUCUUGAAAAAGAAACUUGUGAUUUUAAAGUAUUGUUAACAACGAAAAGCAUGGUAGGUAGAAACAUAAGUAUGAACAUUUGUCGCAACGUCCGGCAGUAGACUCAGCCGAUAGCAUCGGGCGGUCGCGUCGUCCACACUGAACUUUUAAUUUUGGAAUAUACACACACAUGUGCAUACACUUGAAAUAUCAACCGAAGUGUUUACAUAGAGUUGUUUUAGCGUUCUUCUGUGUGUUUUUACGUCCGUUUAAUACAUAGUGUAUCAGUAAGUUUUUUUAUGAACUGGACGACACAUAACGAUGACGAUGAAUAUGGAAACAAAGGAAGAAUUAAACAAAAAGUCAACGAACACCGAUCAAGAUGUUUUGGAGACAAUUCUCACAUACAUCGGUGAGAUUGGGCGCUACCAGAAAUUCCUAUUCUGCGCCAUGCUGCCCUUCGGACUGUUUUUCGCUUACGUGUACUUCGUGCAGAUGUUCGUCGCCGCCACUCCGCAGCGCUACUGGUGCCAUGUACCAGAGCUCGCGCACUUAGAUUUAGACCUGAGACGGAAUCUUUCGGCACCUGGAGCCAUCGAUGGCGGGAAUUGGGAGCGCUGUGCGACGUUCCAAACCAACUGGAGCCUGGUGCUGGAGACCAUGGCGCCGCCCGGCAACGACACGCCCACUGCGCCGUGCGAGCAUGGCUACGAUUUCGAGCUUACUGACAUUCCUUAUCACACGGUAGUAAGCGAGCGAGGUUGGGUGUGCGAUAAAUCAAGCUAUGCUCCAAUGGCACAGUCGAUAUUUUUUGCGGGUUCAUUAGUGGGGGGGCUGCUGUUUGGGUGGUUAGCAGACCGAUUUGGAAGAAUACCCGCUUUAGUUGGAUCCACUAUGAUCGGGUUUGUAGGCGGAGUCGCAACUAUAUACACCACUGGAAUAAUAGACUUCACCAUCGCGAGGUUUCUGGUCGGCAUGGCAUACGACAGUUGUUUUAUGAUGAUAUAUAUUUUAGUUCUUGAAUACAUUGGCCCUCGGUACCGCACGCUGGCGGCGAACCUGUCGAUCGCACUGUUCUUCGGCGCGGGCUGCAUGUCGCUGCCGUGGCUGGCUCUCUGGCUGGCCGACUGGCGCUCGCUGCUGUGGGCCACCUCCGCUCCCAUGCUCAUCGUCCUCGCCAUUCCUUUCACGGUUCCAGAAAGUGUCCGAUGGCUCGUCUCUAGAGGACGCACCAAUCAAGCAGUUCGGGUGUUCAAAACCUUUGAAAAAAUUAACCGCACCCAGAUUCCGCAGGAAGUGGUGGACGAUUUUGUUAUAGCAUCCCGUCAAACCCAAAAUCAGAAGCAUUCAGUGAGUGCCUUGUUUAGAAGCGCGCCGCUGCGGACGAUGCUCGCGUACAUGGUGGCGGUGUACAUGUGCUGCGCGCUCGUGUUCGACGGGCUGGUGCGGCUCUCCGAGUCGCUGGGGCUCGACUUCUUCCUCACCUUCACGCUCGCAUCCGCCACCGAAAUCCCCUCCGUCACGUUGCUGGCUCUUGUCAUGGACAGAUGGGGUCGGCGAAAGCUUACAGUGGUGCCCAUGGGAUUAUCGGGCAUAUUGAUAGGCAUUGCAGCAUUUUUACCUAAAGGAGUCCCGCAGACGACGGCCGCGGUGAUGGCGCGGUUCUUCAUCAACAUGUCGUACACGGCCGCCAUCCAGUGGGCCACCGAGACGCUGCCCACGGGCGUGCGCGCCUCCGGCUCCUCGCUAGUGCACGUCAGCGGCUACGUGGCCACCGUCUUGUCGCCUUUCAUCGUCUACUCGGAACGUUACUGGAGCUCGCUGCCACUGCUGAUCAUGAGCGGGCUGACCGUGCUGGCCGUGGGAUGCGGGCUGAUGCUGCCCGAGACCAUGGGCCGCCCCAUGCCGCAGACCAUCGCCGACGGCGAGGCGCUCGUCAGGAACUACACCUUGUGCGGAAAAAUAGAAGAAAUCGAAGAAGACGAAUUAAAGGAGAUGAACAAAACGAAGGAGCCCAUUAUGUAGCGACUUUGUGUAUAUACAUAUGUAUAUAGGUAUCUACAAAAUAAGUAAAAGGAUGGGUACAGGUAUACUCCGCGGAAGUGUUACGCUAUUAAUAUCGUGUAGUGCGGAGUGAAAUGUUUGUCGCGGAAGUGUAAAGCUAUGAGCUAUGGGCAUUAUGACAAAAGUACGUGUAAGUACCUACAGAAACCUACUCAUUCAGAAAUAAAUAUGUACCUAAAUAAUACUGUGUUAUCGACUUAUCGGGCAUAAGAAUAGUUAUGCUUUGUGCUGGAUUCGUAUUAUGUAGGUAAUCUAUUUACUAUUUAAUAUGUGCGCAAUAAAUGUUUUGACUUCGUCCGAUGUUAAAAAAAAUAAUACAAGGUACGAUACAAUAUCAACAUCAGCAGGCGCUACCUAUAGGUACUACGCCUAAGCCGCCUUAAGUAGGUGUCGCUUUAAUAGAUUAAGUACCUAGGUAGUGUUACUAGUGUUCAUUCUUAUUUAGAGGUACCCUACUUUAAAAAUACCAAUCAUCUAAGAACAAAGUUAUAUUUACUUUCCAUUAAAAUAUUUUCAUUUGUAUUAUUUCAAGUGUCUACCUACUUUAAGUGUGUUACAGUAGGUACUAAUAUAUUGACGCUGAAGGCCUUGGUCAUUUUUUACGUCGUACGGUCAGCCAAUAAAGUGGUCUACCACUUUUAGACUCUAUCAAUCAGAUGAUAGAGUCGAAAAGUGGUAAAGCACUUUCUUGGCUGACUGUACAUACCUACAUGACAUUUAUUUCGGUUUGUAAUACCAAUCAUGUCAUGACAUAGUGGCAACAGCGACUAAAAUAUUCGAUUUACAGAGUCCAGAGUUCGAGUACAGUCGCUAUCACGCAGAUAUAUUGGAGCUUUGUUGUCAAGGCGUUAGGUUAGAGUGCGUGUUCGGAUAUUUUUGAGCACCUUGGCCGCUCCGAUAUAUAUGAUGGCGACUGUACACAUAAGUACAUAUGUAUUGUCUUGGAGAAUUCUAUCUCUGGCUAAAAGUGAUCGUCAACCAACUUUCUGGCUUCAAGACCAAGCCAUUAUGAUAGGCUAGAUACUAUAGUACAGGCUACAUGAGUAGGUAUGUAAUGUAUAAGGUACAUAGGUACUUAUUUGCCUAUAGUAAUUUUAUGUAAUUUAUGAAUUACUUUAUGUAAGUAGGUAAACAGACAAUGGGUUAUUUACUUAUUAUUUAACUAACUAAGGAUGUCACAAUCGGUUCCUACAGCUUAUGUAUUCGAGAUAGACAAUAAAAUAAACUAUGUAUUUAUUUUUUAUUUGGAACGCGUUGCUCAAAUUUGCACAAUACGUAUAUUAUAAAUUAUAAUGUUAUGAUUCGACAGGUACCUGUAUUCCUCAUUUGUAAUUGCAAGGGUGUUCUUUAUGUAGGUACUACGUUAGAAAUAAGUACCUAAUAUAAUUAAAACUCAAGGACUGCAUAAAUAAUGAAUUGUUACAAUCGAGUUCAUAAAUAUUAACCCUUCUUUGCAUGAUUUUUUAUUUUUGCCCGUAAUUAAUAUAUGUGUCACGUAAAUUGUUUACUGAUUCUGGGAAAAAUAGUAAAAAAAAAUACAUGAUCGAUUUUCACUUCGAAAUCAGUGUCAGAAGUUGCAUAGGCUAAAUCAUAUUUUUGUAAAUAUAUAACUAUUAGUAAGGGGUAUCAGAAAAUUUUUACUGCCAUCAGAAAGGUACACUACAUAUAGGUAUUUGUGAUAUUCCUAUAAUAUAGUUUGUAAAUAUAAAAUAAUUACAAACCCUGAAAAAUCUGCCCAAAAUCACAUACCUACU